CAAUUUCUUAGCUUGUGGGUGGGAAUUCCUAUAUAUCUAACUUGAUAUGAAAAAUAUGUCCUCUUGCUCCAGGUGUUAAUUUAUCCAACACAAGAUCACCGAUAUCGUUGAGCUCGAUCGAAUGCCCAAACAAUAAUGUCUGAUCAGCAUGAAGACAUUUAUCAGAAGACGUUGGCUUCUUCUCUGCAAAGCCAUACUAGUUUUUGGAGAAAAUUCUCAGAGGCCGAUUUUGUGCUAGGGUUACCAUUAGAGAUGAGCUGGGAAAUGGUGGAAGAGCUGACUCAUGGGUUCAGGAGUAGAAUUCCGGCAUAUGAUCAGAAUGGCGAAUACUUACCGUAUGAGGGAUUGCAACCUGUUAAUGGUACCCGGUUGACGGUAAAGAGAUACACCGGAGAGUGGCAUACUAUUCUUCAAAAAGAAAAGAAAGCAGCCUUGUCUAUGCGCCACAAAAAUAUACUUCGGCUGACUGCUUUUUACGAUGGUGAAAAUACGACUGUCCUGGCAUUUCCAUUUACAAUAAGAGGGCCGUUACACACAAAUCUCUAUGGAUCAAUGGGGAAACAGUUGAAACUGAAAUUUCAAGAAAAGUUGAAGAUAGCUAUAGAUAUUGCUCGAGGGCUUCGAUACAUGCAUGAAGAAUGUCCUCAAGGUCCCAUAGUCCAUGGCAAUUUGCUCAUAACCAACAUUUUUCUGAGAAAUGACUUACGCCCGAUGAUCUCUGGUUUUGGGCAAGCUACCUGGCUUCAUCUUAAGCAAACAAAGCCAAACUCCAACCAAAAGUGUUCACUUCGGGAUCAUUUGGACCGCGAAGCAAUGGCUCUAGUGAAAUUCGACAUCCAAUCCUAUGGAGUCUUGCUGUUGAGGCUCUUCUGCAAAAGGUCUGCCACACUGCAGGACGACAAAACUUUGACCGAGUGGGCUCGUCCGUUGUUGAUGAAACGAGCGUUCCACGAACUAUUAGAUGAAGAUUGGGAAGAUGUAGACAUGCAUGAAAUGUUUAGAGUGAUGUGCACCGCAUAUCAGUGCACAAUGUCUAGUCCAGAUAUGAGACCAUGCAUAAGCGAGAUUAUAUCUUAUCUCAAAGGAGAGAAUUUUUGUGUGAUGCAAACAUCUCCAUCUGAUAGCAUUCGAUAAGACUAAAAGACGAAGCAUGUCGAUAUCAAGCUGCAUGCGCAGAACUACACAUACUGGCGAUCUAAUGUUCUUAAUCUUCUUGUUAAAAUGUUUGAAGUAUUGCGCGCCUUCCAUGCAUAUAUAUGUAUAUAGACCUAGGGAUGAUUGAAAUAAGCAUGUUCUCUUAUUUGAAAAAUGGGCGCCUGGUUUCAACCAGGUUGAUCGUCUGAUAUCGAAUUAGUAGAUCAACCUAGCUAGCUUGUGAAAUUUGAUCCUCGUAUAUAACUAUAUACAGCUUUCUUUUUUAUUUGUC